GUGCCUUUUGCCUUAAUUUAAUUCCAAUCAAAUAAACCCUAACAGCAUCAUCGAAAUCAUUCCUUCUUUCUCCAAUAAACCCUGAAAAAUGGCAACCUUAAAAGAGAUCCUAACACGGCGACCAGUAGCAGCAACAAUCCGUCUAACCGUCCCAGCCGGUGGUGCACGGCCAGCACCGCCAGUGGGUCCGGCACUAGGUCAAUACCGGCUAAAUCUAAUGGCAUUCUGCAAGGACUUUAAUGCACGAACUCAAAAAUACAAACCAGACACACCAAUGGCCGUUACAAUAACGGCAUUUAAAGACAACACCUUUGAAUUCACCGUGAAGUCGCCGUCAGUGACGUGGUACUUAAAGAAAGCAGCGGGAAUCGAAUCGGGUAGUAGCCGACCGGGACAUGUGGUGGCAUCGACAGUGACAUUGAAACAUGUAUAUGAGAUAGCGAAGGUGAAACAAUCAGAUCCUUAUUGUCAAUAUAUGUCACUUGAAUCUAUUUCCAAAUCUGUUAUCGGUACUGCUAAUGCUAUGGGUAUCAAGGUUGUUAAGGAUUUAGACUAGUGAAUAAAUAAAAAAACAGUCUUAGGGUUUUCAAAGAGGUAAUGUUUUUGGGUUUUGGUUGAAUGUUGUACUGGAUUUUGAUGGUUUUGGUUUCAAUGCUAAACUAUGCUAAGAAAGGGAGCUGUUUUAUGCAUAACUGAUGGAGGUUUUGUUGUUAAUUAGUGCAACAUUUUGUUUUGGUGAAUAAAGUUCAGUGCAGUUGCUGGAAA